GAGAAUAAGAAAAAUUGAGAGGGAGUAAGGUGAGGUACAUACAACUAUGUACCACGUACCAAGUUCUGUAGUUGGUGGGGAACUUGAUCGUGAGAGAUACAUGAGAGGGUCAUGAAACAACUAGUAGUUUUAUAUAUUGUAUGCUUUUUAUUAGACUACAAUUGUUAAACCGUGUAUUAAAAUUAAAGUACAAUAAAAAAAAACCAUUUACUGGUUUAUCUUGUUGAGUUGAACAAGUGUUUUCUUAAUAACGUUACAUACAUUAUAUUUUAUAAAACAAAAUGUCUAUAAUUUUUGUUGGUUUUUUUAAAAUUAUUUAAAAAUAAUUAUAUAGAUAUUUAACUAAUAAUCUUACAACGUAAUAGUUACAAGUGCAAUGAAAAAGAAAAAAUUAAAUUAUUGUUGGAUAUGAUAACAGAUCUCUGAUAAACUCAGCAUAGUCAUGAAGAUAAAAACGAUAAGACAUAUUUAGUUUUUUGUUCGUACAGUAUAAUUUUACACAAUCUAUUAUGGAAUACAUUUAUGUACACGGCUCUAAAUUUACGUGCAAUGGUUUUUAAUUAGUUUACUUCAACAGUUUAUUACAUUUAACAGUACUUUUCAUCAGAUCAAUUACAACGAAAAUGCCAUUAUUUAAAUCCAAGACAAUGUCAAAGAGUCCUGUUGCACAAGAGAAGACUACUGGUAACGGAGCUCAUAAUCAUGAAGGUCAUAAAACCGUGAGUAGCAGUAGUAGUAGCAACAACAAUAUAAAUGGAACUGGUAAACGGGACAAGUUCGGUCAUCAAGAUCAAACAGAGUCAACAGAUGAUAAUCAAAACUCAAGUAAAACACAUCUGGUCUUUCGCUGUCAGUUAGCACAUGGUAGUCCAACGGGAUUUAUAUCGGGUUUUAAAAAUGUACGUGAACUUUAUCAGAAAAUAGCUGAGUGCUACGAUAUACCGACAAGUGAAAUUCUUUUCUGUACACUGAAUACCCCCAAGGUCGAGAUGUCUGAAUUAUUGGGCGGACAAAUAGGAUUAGAUGAUUUUAUAUUUGCUCAUCGAAAAAGUCGACCGAAAGAAAUCGAAUUGAUAAAAACAGAAGACGCAUUAGGAUUAACGAUUACUGAUAAUGGAGCCGGUUACGCGUUUAUAAAACGAAUAAAAGAAGGCUCAGUAAUUGAUAAAAUUAAAGUAAUACAAGUAGGUGAUCAUAUAGAGCGAAUAAACUCUGAAAAUUUAGUUGGUAGACGACAUUAUGAAGUUGCUAAAAUGUUAAAAGAGAUACCUAAGGGCUCUACAUUUACUUUGAGAUUAAUAGAACCUCAAAGAAGUGGAUUUGGUAGUAUUGGACCUAGAGGUGAUAUCAAAAAAGGUAAAAAAUCUGGAUAUGGCUCUGGAAAAGAAACACUGAGGUUUAAAGCUGAUGGCAGUACUCAAAUUCAACAGGUUGAUGAUUCAUCAACAAUUGGGGUUGAAAAAAUAAAUGACAUUCUUGAAAGUUUUAUGGGUAUAAAUGAUAAUGAAUUAGCAACACAAAUUUGGGAAUUAUCUGAGGGAAAGUCCAAUAGUAUGGAUUUUGCAGAAGCUAUUGAUAAUUCUGAUCUAGAAGCUUUUGGCUUUAGUGAUGAUUUUGUUAUUGAGUUGUGGGGUGCAAUUACAGAUGCAAGAAGUGGUCGUUUUUGAUAAUAAAAAUAAAUUUUACUUUAUACAAUAAUAAUAAGAUUAUAUAUAAUUUAACUUUAGCAUAAAAAAUAAUAUAUCUGCCAUACAUGUUUAUAUCAAUUCAGCUAUUUAUCAUGGUACAUCAAAUAAUUUAUUUAUAUCUUAAUUUAAUUAUUUUUUCUUCUUAUAAUAUUAUUCUUUACUUUUUAUUUUCAGAAGCAAUA